AUGUUCACAGAGGACCAGCCCCGUAUCCGCAACUGGAUCAACGGCCAGUUCGUCGACCCCGUCGCCACCGGCGCCACCACCCAGCAGUAUCUGGCAGUCACGAGCCCUUACAACGCCAAGGUCAUUGGCCACGUCCCACUCUCGACUGCUGAGGAUGUCAACCAGGCCGUUGCUGCAGCCCAAGCAGCCUUCCCUGCCUGGUCCAACCGCACGAUCAAGGACCGGGCUGCGAUUCUGAUUCGGUUCCACUCCUUGUUGACCAAACAUGCGAACCAGCUCGCAGAAAUGGUAGUGUUAGAGCAUGGGAAGAACAAGGCCGAGGCUCUGGCAAGUGUCCUUAAGGGACAGGAAACGGUCGAGUACGCGUUAUCGUUGCCACAGGUUGCACAGGGCAAGAUGUUGGAGGUCUCGAGAGGGAUUACCUGUUAUGAUACUCGCGUUCCGCUUGGUGUAGUUGCCUCGGUAGUGCCGUUCAAUUUCCCAGUCAUGGUGCCUAUGUGGACCCUGCCGAUCGCUAUUGCCAUGGGAAACACCAUGGUUCUCAAGCCAAGUGAGAAGGUGCCCUUUACAAUGACCAAGAUAGUGGAGCUUCUUAAGGAGGCAGGCUUGCCGGAUGGUGUAGUAAACCUUAUCAAUGGCACUGCUGAACCUGUCAAUGCCUUGAUUGACCACCCUGAUGUCAAAGCCGUGACAUUCGUCGGCACCUCCCAUAUCGCCGAGAUGGUUUCGCAGCGCUGUCAUAGGCUGAACAAGCGCGUCUUGGCCCUUGGAGGCGCCAAGAACCAUAUGAUCUCGGCGCCAGACUGCAACAUCGAAAUGACCUCGACCGACGUCGUCAACUCGUACAGUGGCUGCAGCGGUCAGAGAUGCAUGGCUGCCACGGUGCUGCUGACCAUUGGACACCAACAAGAGCUGAUCGACAAGAUCGUGGCCAAGUCGGAAGCCCUCCGUGCAGGCAGCCACGCUGGAGAGGUAGGACCGGUCAUUGACCGGGCCUCGGUCGAGAAGAUCACGCGGUACAUCAACGAGGCCGAAUCGAGCGCCGGGGCCAGGAUACUAGUCGAUGGACGGCCCUGGACCAAGGAGCAUCAGGAAGGGUUCUGGGUGGGGCCGACGGUGAUUUUGCAUACGAACAAGGAGGACGCGGCGUUGCACGAUGAGAUCUUUGGGCCGGUGCUGUCCAUCCUGGCGGUCGAGGCUGCGGAGGAGGCGUUGGCGAUCGAGAACGCGAACCCGUACGGGAACGCGGCGUGUAUCUACACAAACUCGGGCGCAACAGCGGAUUAUUUCAUCAAGCGGUUCAGUGCCGGCAUGUGCGGUGUCAAUAUCGGCGUUGCUGUGCCCCGAGAGCCAUUCUCGUUCGGCGGGUGGAACAAGAGUCGAUUCGGAAACCAUUGUGACAUCACUGGAGACGGCGGGGUUGAGUUCUUUUCGACAAGAAGAAAGGUCACCACCAAGUGGGUGCCUCAGGAGAACGCGUCCUGGAUGAGUUAA